CCCAACUUACAGAAUAUAGUCAGGACAGACAUACACAAUCCCGUCAACACGAUGAAGAGACGAAGACCAGAUCCUCUGCCCACACUGCAGACGGGCAAGAUCUACAAGUUGCCAGUCCGGGUCUUUUACAACCUCCCCGACUCGCAUUACUCUUAUACCACCACCUUGCCAUCACACCAAGACGUCUUUAUUCACCGUCAACCCCGCGUCAAGGUGACCUCGGGUGACAACCUGAAUGCCAAGGCGAGGAGGGGUUCGAAUUCCGUUCGUGAGGGUAGAGAUGGCGUCGGAUGCAAGAGGCGACGGACGGCAGACGUGGAUACGGAAGAUCAGAGUAUGAACUCGGAGUCUGGAAAGGGUCAAGACGGGGACGAGGAGAAUGUCGAGAUGGACGGCGACGAGCAAGAGGAAGAGGAGGAAGAAGAAGAGGUCUAUAUGGGGAGCGUCAGCCUGAGAGCCAUCGUCAGGGCCAUCUGUCGCGCUAGCCCCGAGGUCAUUCCUUCCUCCUCGACACCCGACUGUUCGCUCUACCUCCCCGUCCUCCCCCACCCCAUCACGAUCAAACAACAGCAGCAACAACUUCAAACCAUACCUAAUUUGCCCCGUCGAACGCUCUCGAGGUUCCCUAGCUUGGAGAUGCAGAUGACGCCCGAAGACAACAUUCACGAUGCAAGGGGUUCGUCCCCGGUGACGAGCUUGUCGGGACAUACGCCGAGGAACCACCAGCGUUAUCGUCAACAACAACACCAUCCCGCCCCUCCACCUCACAUAGCGGCGGGCACAUACCCGUCCCCAGCCUACUCGAACGCUAGCGUCUCGCUACCACCUCCGAUGCCACUCGCACCUCCGCAAGAAGGCAAGGGGCUCUUGUCCUGGAUCUUCAACGAAUCCGCACCGGGAAAGACGCUGGGGAAGGGGUACGUUCGCUUGAAUCCUCUCGAAGAAGGGGAUAGGACCGAGGAGGAUGACGACGAUGAUGACAAUGAUCGCGAUGACGCCGAGGAUGACGACGGGGUGGUUAGGGAGACGGAGGGAGAUGAAGCGGGGUUGGACGGGCUGGAAGGUCUCGUUCGUGCGGCGGAAAGGAGGGCGAAGAGGAAGGCGGCCAGGCGGGAAAAGGCUCAAUCCGCCUCGACAUCCACGUCGGUCGAUGCCGAGUCCAGUGCGAGACUCGGAGUGGGGUCGAGCUCAAAAUCCAAGCCGAGGCAGAGGACGUUUGGACUGGAGCUCAACGUCUUGCUCAAGAGCGUCCCUAUGAGCGUGACCCCGGCCGCGUCCACCCUGACAUCAGCGUCGACUGGAGGUGCGACAGGUGCGGGUAUCGACGACGAAUUGGACGUCAAGGUCGUCGGAGGAGGAUUGGGAGGCAUGAAGACGUCCAUGGACGUCUUGGGAGCCAGAGCUGCGAGCCAAGGACAACCUCAAGUUCGGGCAGCUACUCAGGGGCAAGGGCAAGCGGGGAUGAGCAGGGCUCGACCGGGAUUGGGAGGUGUGGAGAGGGCGGCUUCGAGCCCGGGGUUGUUGGCUGCCAUGUCGGCGACGACCUUGUCGGGCUCGACCGCAACUUUGACGACGGCGGAGGGUAGAACGAGGAGGAUCAGUGCUCUGCCGGGAUCGAAAUCUAUGGUCGGGCUAGGCGGAAAGACGGGGAUGGCCACAUCAUCGACGACGGCGACGACGACGAUCGAUCUGACCGGGUCUAAACCCAAGCUCGUCCAUGGGGCCAACGAUGAUACACCGCCCCGUCAACCGAUCGGACCGGGGACGUCUUCUGGAGGGACGCUCAUCGCCGAUAUCCUGCGGACACCUCGGCAAGGCUCCAAGAAAUCCGGUACCACCACCGCCGGCAGUCCGAUGCAGACCGAUCGUCCUCCCCAGUCUUCGCCGGCUACGCAUAUGGCCCUCGCUCGUCAAGUGCUUAGGAAUCCGACGAGCCACACGAUCGAUCUCGCUCAAAAGUUGGUAGGCAAGGAUGCUUUUGCGCAAAUUUUGAUGGAGAUGGGUGUUCAGGUGGGCAAUGGGAAUGGGAGUGGAAAGGAAGGGGGAGCUGGAACAGGAUCAGCUGCCGGGUCGUCCAAGCAGGGGGCGGGCGAGGCAAGCGCGUCUGCUGCUGCGGCCGCGGCAUUGACACGGGCCAGGACUAAGGCUGGACCGACGACUCUCGGACCUAACAACAAGGGCAAGGGUAAGGCAGUCAUUCCGACGACGGGGCCCCCAACGGCGACUGGUACAAGCGGGACGAGCACGGCAGGGCCUACUUCUGCCGGAGCUGCUGCUGCCACUACAGCCAAGGUCGGCGGCCCGUCCGUCCCUGUGGUCAAGCCAGUAUGCAAAAAUUGCGGGACGACCGAGACACCCCGAUGGAGGGUCAAGACGCUCGCCGACGGCAAGGAGAGACGGGUAUGCGACGCUUGCGGGAUCUAUUUCAACAAGAUGAAACAGAUGCGACCGAAGGAAUUGUGGUCUCCGAAUGCCAAGAGGAUACCCUUGGAGGAUAUCCCCAAGCAAGAAGCCGCGAUGGCUGCCUCGAGGGCGGCGGCCGCGAAACAGAUGGCGUCCUUAGGAAAGGCCUCCACGGUGGCGGCGAAUCAGGGCGUUUCUCAGCCGGGACGAUCGACCGCCUCGCAGCCUGCACCUUCGCAGCCUAUGCGGCAAGCGGCAGCAGCCCCAAUACCGCUCGCUCAGAAGACGAAUGAGGUUUCGUUUGCAGAAUUACCGGCUUCGCCCCCCAGACAACCGCGAACCCUCUCGGAAUCCGUCUUCACGACUCCACGAAGAUCCACGAGGCUGAGCCAAGGUGGAUCUUCCAAGAACCCUCGGAUGGAACACGACGAUGUUGCAGAGGCGAGUCCCAAGCUGAGACGUACGCCGAGGAGGAUGGCCGCGACCGCUGCAGCUAGCAAGGUCAAGGCGACCUUUGAAGGUCAUACGGGCGUGAGCGCUCGUCAAAACAAGUUCGGUGGACCUUUCUCCAAGGAUGAGCCUCAAGUCGAGCCAAAAGCUAGCGGCUCGACAGGCCCUGUUCCGGCUUUCCAGGCGGGUCGUUCGCCCUCGAGAGAUCGAUCUCUCACCCCCCCUCCAGUUUCCGAAGCUGCCUCUCGACACAAUGAAUCCAGCUCAUGGCAAGUACAAUCGAACGAUCUGCUCGGAGAGCAUCACGGCAGCAAUGACCUCUUCGAACGCUUCACUGCCAUCGGCAAUGGUGCGGUCCAGGCUGAAACGAGCGAUACGGAUCAGCUCGAUUACGAUCUGAGCACAUGGAUCGACAUGGCGCCUCUGGACAAUGAUGUCCAGGCCGCCGCGGUUCCAGCGCUUCCGGACCCCGUCAUCGACGCUCAAGACAUCAAAUUCACCCUAGACGAGAUGAACCUGCUCCUCUCGCUCACGCAGAACCAGGACAUGCUCGACUUUAGUAAUCAGACCGAACUUGAAUCGGGAGGUAUGCAGAUACCAGAUUGGGAUCCAUCCAGUCCAUGGUCGCUACCCACACCAAGCGGGGGAACGAUCAGUGUACCCCAGAAUUGGCUAGACAACUCGCUGUCUACCGAGAUCUCUGGCAGCUCGGGGCAGGCGCCCUGAUCGAGUUGCAUUAAUACGCUACAGAUAUCCAACCUUAUACCCCUUGUAGCAUCGCACAGUCUUAUUAUCGACCCGAAUGUAUCGAAAAUUAUGUCACCUCAGACUCUACAAGUCUUGGCGAACCAGCUGCUUAUGCAUAAUGAAACAUUUCGAUCGCUCUUGAUUGUCUAUGGCGAUCGCUUGAAACCCAGUGUACAACUUGUCGACGCGACAAUCUUUCUUCAGUGUGUCUUUCGCUUCUUGUCCUUGAUGGCUCCGGCGCCAUCAGAUUUGCCUCGUCGCCCCAUCAACCGCUCUUUCAGGGCCUUGACAGCUUUGAAGGUCUCGCCUUUUCGGUGCUCUUCGUUCCAAGUGUCCAAGUCAAAGUAUUGCGGUGCGUAUUCCAAAAGCCUGUGAGAAGUUCAUAGCGUUAGAAGCUAGUCAGGGGCAAAGUACGCGAG